AGAAGAGGAAGAAGAACUUGGCGGGCGGGCGGUAGAUCCUCGACUCCGCACUGCCCCCAGUCUGGCCACAGUUGCGACCAACGUCCGCCCGCGGUUUCUGUCAUUUGUGCCUGUAUAUAUAUAUGUGCGCGACCCUGGUACGGAACAUGCAUAAUCCUUGUUUGAUUUUCGGAGGAAUUGCUGCUUGUGAACCAUGUGCCCUUCGGAGGAUGGAAACAGCACGACCGGAGUCCAGCCAGAGGAGACUCCUUCUGUGAGCAGGGCAGGGGCAGGGGCAGGGGCAGCGGCAGUGCCAUUGAUGGACAGAACUGCUUCGGAGCUGAAGCAGCUGUUUGAGGCCACACUGGGUGGUGGCAGCUUGAGGGAAGCGGUGAAGCUUCCCCAAGGGAUUGAUUACAGAGAAUGGCUGGCUGUCAAUACUGUUGACUUCUUCAAUCAUGUGAAUGUUCUCUACGGCGCUCUCACUGAAUUCUGCACGCAUUCGACGUGUCCAAUAAUGUCGGCAGGGCCAAAGUACGAGUACAGAUGGGCUGAUGGGAUCAUCGUAACUGCACCCAUCGAAGUCACUGCUCCAGAAUAUGCUGAAUUUCUACUGGAUUGGAUUGAGGAUCUGCUUAAGGACGACUCUAUCUUUCCCAAAAACUUGGGUGUGCCAUUCCCCCCGAACUUUGAGGUGUUAGUGAAGACCAUACUGAAGAGGCUCUUUCGCAUCUACGCGCACAUCUAUCACUCGCAUUUCAACAUCGUUGAGAGGCUCCAUGUAGAUGCCCAUCUCCACACAUGCUUCAAGCAUUUUGUUCUGUUCAUAUGGGAAUUUAGGUUGGUUGGAGAGGCAGAACUUGCACCUCUACAUGAUAUGGUUGAUGCCAUUGUGAAGGCAGAGCCUUAGAGUGGGGGGUGGGGCAUGGUAGGCAGGCCAUCAUAGAGUUAAUACACAGUUAAAAGGAACUUAUUACAGUCAUCACAAGUCAGAUGCAAAUUCAUAUAGUUAUUUAAAUGUGGCUUUUCAUUCUCUUUUAAAAUGAAUGGGAAGUCUUCAUUUUAUUUAACCUUUCUGUCCUUCUAAUGGUUUAUUUUUCUCACCCAUUGGUGAACAGUAUUGUGUAAGCAAGAAGAUGAAGGA